AUAACACACAGACACACACAGUGUGUGUUUAAUCUUGUUGUAAGUUAAGGGUAACAGGUAGAAAUACUGAUGUUGUAGUUAAUAGUUACACACGCUGUGGUGAUUCUGUUGGGAUAAUUAAAGAUUCAGUAGAUGACGUAUAAAGAAGCUUCAUUAUUUGUACAUCAUCACAUCAGUGUGUAUUACUGUGUGUGAUAAUGCAGCCCGUACAGAUGCUGGAGGUCCCAGGAUUCAGACAGAGGCUGCUGGAGGCUUUAAGUCUGGGCAGACGGCAGCAGUAUCAUCUCCCCCACCUUCAUCACGAGCAGAAGGAGGAGCCGAACGCCGGCGUCCCCUGGGGCCGCUCCCCCUCCCGCACCGGCUCCAUCCGCAGAGUGGAGGAUGAGCGGGGGGAAGGAUGCAGCGAGUGUGAGAGCGACCUGCUCUAUCUCUCUUUCAUCACAGCGUCAUCGUCUGUUCCUUGCGUCUCCUCGUCAUCUGACGGCGAGAGCACGUCGUCGGGGGCGACCGGCCGUUCGCGCAGACGUAAACGCAAGCACUGGAGCGGCCAUGCCUUGAACGAGCUCCUGAUCAUGGGAAAUCAAGACGGAAAGCUCAAGCGCUCGGCCGGGGGGGAUGCGGGAGGCGCGGCCGAGGAGUGCGGAGCUCUCCGUGAGAAUAAUGGCACAAAGAAAUUCCACGGGAAGAAAUCCCACAACAAACACGGCGAGGGAGGGAAAAAGAAAAACAAAUCGGACUCCAAAUCUGUUUUUCCUCACAUACGGAAGCGUAAGAACCAGGGAAAGGUAAAGGGGUUUUUGGGAGGCUCAAAAGAGGAUGCAUUAGAUUCCCAGCACGAUGAACUUGACAGCGUUCCUUCUCUAUGCAACAAAACGCCGGAUCUCUCGGGAGAUGAGCUCGGCCAGUCGGACGCGGAGGCAGAGAGGCCUCGUUUGUUGGCAGACAGCAGGCAGACCACGCUGGAUGCUGCCGACGGCCCCGAGGAAGAGGAGAGAAAGGUGGUGAGCUCCGGAUCAGAUACGGAUAUGUACAGUUUCCACUCCGCUACAGAGCAGGAAGAUUUGCUGGCCGAUAUUCAGCAAGCCAUCCGUCUCAAGCAAGGUGUGAUUCUGACCAGUGCCAUUGACCUCUCAGAGGAAAAGGAUUGUAAACAAACCGGCUGCGGUGAUGUUAAAAGCACUCCUACCCCCGACUCUGAGCCCUUCACCGUGCUGGAGGCGAUUCCCAAACGAGAGAACGGUCACAUCAGCAGCCCGCACCCCCCUCAGCAGCCCGCUGUCAAAGAGGAGACAGACGCUUGUGGAGAACCUCUCCCCUCGGAUGAGGCCCUUUGUGCCUCGAUCGCCGUGGUGACUGUGACAAAAGAGACGGAGGCGGUGAGCGAGCCCCCCGCCCCUCUGCCCGUGGCCACGAGCCCCGUUACCAAGACAACCAGCACUACCAGCUUCCCGGAUCUGACAGCUUCCUUUGAAAGUGCUACGGAGGCCAUCGAAGAGGAAAAUGUUGACGUUUCUCCCAGAGACGCUCCUAGCACUGACACGUUAUCCGGCGGUAAUGAUCUCGGAUCUGCAGGCUCUCUGGAGUGCGUCACUGCCAUUGAACUUGCAUCAGAACCGCCCGAGGAGGACGCCCCGGACACCCAGAGACGCAAAAGCAGCGUCACGUUCUCGCAGUGGGCGCAGCCGGAGAGUCCGCUGGCCACGCGGCUCCUAAAGUCCGCGCUGACGUCCUGCGCCACCGCCUGUAAUUCGGUCAAGCCGUACCCACCCAUCAGCACGUCUUACAUCAAAACCACCACCCGUCAACUCAGCUCGCCCUCCUGCUCGCCAGGACCGUCUCCCUCUCACAGCCCGCUGUUCGCACGGAGGGGCCACGGAGACUCCUCGGCGACGGUCGCCAGGGCGGAGAGGAGACGGGUGAAGCGACAGCGAUCGUACAGCAUCACCGGGCCCAUCAGCCGAUCGGCGGACUGGACGGAGGAGCUUCGUACGCUCCCUCCCAAAACAGCGGGUUCAGCUGAUUACCUGGAGUACGGUGGAUCCGAUGGGGCGCUCAGGACGGGCAGCACGACACAGAAGACAACAGGAGCUCAAGCUUCCACCUGCGGCUUUCACGAGGUCUUUACAGGUCGGACGUUAUUGGAGAAGUUUUUCCAGCAGCAGGAUUCCAGUGAACCUGAGGAAGCGGAGAAACUUUGCUCCAGGAUUCUGGCGAUGGGUUUGUUGCUUCCGUUCAGUGAUUGUUUCAGAGAGCCGUACGACAGCAGCGGACAUCUCGCUCCUAAGUUUGAUCAUGAUCAGUUAUACACAUGGGCAGCAGUGAGUCAGCCGCCUCAGUCAUUGGAGCGUUUGGAGGUCCAUUUACCCGAUCACCUCUCGAGCCUGUGGCACCCAGCCAGACCAGAAGAGAAAGACAAACCUGAAGCCAAAUACACAGAGGCUGAGCAUCAGGCCAUCGUUUUAGACUUAAAAAAACAACAAGAUGAAGAAAUCCGGCAAAUUGAGGAGGAGUCUGUGCUGAAGACGGUGCGUUUGAAACAUGAACAUGUCUGUGUGAUCGAGCAGUUGGAGCAAACCAUUGAAGACUUGCGCUGUAAAAUCGCUGAGCUGGAGAAACAGCAGCCCUUGCUGGAGCGAGAGAUCAUCACACAAGAUCAGGAGUGUGGCGUUGAGGAAGAUCUCGUUCCAGACGUCUGCCAUGUGGACUUACAGACCGAAACCCUGGCACUCCUGGCGCUGGAGGCCAAAUCAGUGCAGACGUCUCCUAUGGAGGAGAGCUUCAGGUUUAAAGUGCCUUCUCUGGAGCAGAGCCCUGCGGAGCUCCCGCUGCCCAGGCGGAGCGAGCCUUUACUGGCCUCAGAAACAACAUCGGACCCCGAUCGGGCCGUACCUGCUUUUGUGUGUGUGUGCCAAAAGCAGCAGGGCAGUUUAUUGCCUCCACCUCCACUGCCAAGCAGUUUUUUGCCUCUUCCAGGAGAGACCGUUCCUCCACCUCCUCCUCUCCCUUCAAUGCUUGCGCCUCCUCCACCUCCUCCGCUCCCAGGCGAUUCAUUGCCACCACCGCCACCUCCUCUUCCUUUAUUGACUGUGCCUCCUCCACCUCCUCCGCUCCCAGGCGGUCCAUUGCCCCCACCGCCACCUCCUCUCCCUUCAAUGCUUGCGCCUCCUCCACCUCCUCCCCUCCCAGGCGAUUCAUUGCCCCCACCGCCACCUCCCCUCCCUUCAAUGACUGUUCCUCCUCCACCUCCUCCGCUCCCAGGAAGUUCGUUGCCGCCUCCUCCACCUCCUCUACCUGGUCUGUCUGCACCCCCCUCUCACCCUGCCGCAGUGUCAGCACCGCCUCCACCUCCUCCUCCACCACCCCCUCCAGGUCAUUCUGGUCCGUCAUCUGGGGCCUGUGGUCCUCCUCUGUCCUUUGGCUUGGGCUCUUUGCCGCCUCCUCUGCCUCUGGGGUUGUACGCACUGGGAGCACCACACGAGAAACCGCCUCGCAAAAAUGUGGUAGAACCUCCGAGACCCAUGAAACCGCUCUACUGGACCCGGAUACAGCUUCACACCAAAAAAGAUUCUGCUUCUCUUGUUUGGGAGAAGAUCGAUGAGCCAUCUGUGGAUUUUGAGGAAUUUGUUAAUAUGUUCUCCAAAACAGCAGUGAAGGAAAAGAAGAAACCUCUUUCAGACACAAUCAGCCGGUCAAAGACCAAACAGGUGGUAAAGCUGCUCAACACCAAACGUUCUCAGGCUGUGGGGAUUCUUAUGUCCAGUUUACAUCUCGACAUGAAAGACAUUCAGCACGCGAUCCUGAAUCUGGACAACACCGUGGUGGAUCUGGAGACAUUACAGGCGCUCUAUGAGAACAGAGCUCAGCAAGAUGAACUGGACAAAAUAGACAAACACAUUAAAUCCUCAAAAGAUAAAGAUGGCAGCAAACCUCUGGACAAACCUGAACAAUUCCUUCAUCAGCUCCAUCAGAUUCCUGAUUUCUCCGGUCGAGUCUUCUGUAUUCUCUUUCAGUCCACCUUUACUGAAUGCAUCUCAUCUGUUCAGCGAAAACUUCAGAUUCUUCAGAGGAUUUGCAAGACUCUUCAGGAUUCCUCUGGUGUUCAGCAGCUGCUUGGUUUAGUUUUGGCUUUUGGGAAUUUCAUGAAUGGAGGAAACCGGACCAGAGGUCAAGCAGACGGAUUCACGCUGGACAUUCUGCCCAAACUGAAGGACGUUAAGAGCAGCGACAACAGUAAAAGCUUGCUGAUUUAUAUUGUGUCUUAUUACCUGAGACACUUUGAUGAGGACGCUGGCAGGGAGACGUGUGUGUUUCCUCUGCCAGAACCUCAUGACCUGUUUCAGGCGUCUCAGAUCAAGUUUGAGGACCUCAAUAAAGAUUUACUGAAGCUCAAGAAAGAUCUGCGAGUUUGUACUUCAGAAGUACAGAAAGUUUGUUCGAGUACAACAGAUGAACACCUGCAACCCUUCAAAGAUAAAAUGGAGAGUUUUGUGAGUGAAGCAAAAACCGAGCUGGAAACUGAAGAGAUGAAACUCAGUGACACUCACAAAGUGUUUCUGGAGUUGUGUUCGUUCUUCUCUGUGAAGGCCAAGAGCGGUGAGAAAGAAGUUUCACCAAACACCUUCUUCUCUAUCUGGCACGAGUUCUCCACCGAUUUCAAAGACGCUUGGAAAAAGGAGAACAAGGUUAUUUUACAGGAGAGACUAAAAGCCGCUGAAGAAAGUUUCAGACAGGUGAAGGAGAAAGCGACAUACAGCAUCAAACCCAAACACGCGUCUGGAAUCAAAGCAAAGUUGGGUAUGAAGAUAUAAGACUUGUGGAUGAAUCUCAAAAACCCUCGCUGACUUUUAAAGACUCACACAAACACAAACACAGCAGAAAUCACUUCAGUGUUGCUUUAGUCAUCUACGGUUUACCCCUCUGACUGUGAUGUCAUAUCCUGUGUGACGACCUCACACAACAUUGACAUUAAAGUUCACUGGACGUACUGGAGGUCUUGAAGCAAUAUCAUCAAAAAAAGUUUCAACUUUAUUUUUUAAUAGAUGAGGAUAAAAGGAAGAAGAGAAACUCUGCGUGCGAUAUAAAGUUCAUCCGUCUGCUUCACGAUGAGUUUUUAAACAUCAGCAGAUGCUUUUCACUGAAUGAUACACAAGCAUUGAAUUGAGUCCUGUAGCCUUGACCUCAGCAUCUUUAAAGCACACUACAGGACCUGAAAGAGACACUUCAGCAUGUUGAAUAUGAGGAAGAACAAACGUCUGGUGAUCGUGUCUCUGAGCUCUGGAGUCUCUCGCUCAUUUCAUUCAUCAUCAAGUGUUUUUCUUAUCUCGCUGCAUUGACACACACUUUCUCAAAAUGUAUUUAAAUUUAAUUUUAAUUCAUGUAAAUGAUAUUAACAUCUUUAUGUAGCAUUCUUGUUUGUUUUUAGCAUGUCUGUGUUGGACGUCUGGAUGAAGGACUGAUGUCUGCUCUCUAUGUGCAAUAACUGUUUGUAUGUUUGAUGGUUUUGAGAACAGUGUAAUUUAUGUAAAAUAAAGGGAUUAUUAAAUUCAAA